CAGUUUUACUGAGAUAGAACUUGUCAGUUAUCAAAAGAUAAAACCAUAGAAAGCCAUGAAGUAGUUUCGUGAGUUAGAAGAACAGUAGAUUUUGAAAGGCAAAAUACAAAGCUCUUCUAUGUGUCAUAUUAACCCUUUGUUGCAUGAAUUUUUUCGCCGACCGAGUUCCAUCGUGUUCGGUGAUUGUUGACCUGAAGCAACGCCAUGCUGCAAAGGGUCAAGUGACAUCGACAUUUGUCACUCUUUGGUUCCAAUUUAUUUAUUUAUUUCGCAGAACAUUGCAGAUCUAAGCAAAGAAGGAAAGCUUGCCAUUAAAAGUUUCGUUCUACCUUACCUGGAGAUGGUCGCCGACGAACGAAAUGCUCUCAUUCAAAGAUUUGAGGCGAUAAAAUUUCUCAACACUGUAAUAGAGUUAUUUAUCGGUGAUUUGGGCCUUGUGGAUUCUCUGACAGUUGUUAAAAACUUCGAUGUCCUUUUGACUAAUGCUGGAGAUCUAGAAGUGCAAUUGAACAUGAUCGAGUUAAUAUGCCGUUUGUUGCCUUCGCCUAAACGAAAAUCUCUUGCUCAAACUUGGUUUAAUGAUCAUCUCGAUUGUCGUCGUGAUUUUCUUUCCAUUAGAGAUUUCGAGUUUGAAUCUGAUUCGCGAAAGUUUGUGAAUAACCUGAAUGAAAAACAACUUGACAAGAGAAGUGUAUACUCGCUUCUUUGCAAAGACGUAUACUUUGGCCUUCAGAAGAUUGAUUGUCCGAUAGAUAGCGACAGUGGGAUGUUUUGGACUGACUUUAAUCUGGGAAGCAGGUCGAUCACAUUCUUUGCAAUCGAUGAAGAGCAUGAAGAGUGGGAAACCGUCUCGUUAAAAGAAGAAAUGAUUUUGCAAACACGUCUAUUAGAAAAGAAAGAAAGUCAGGAGUUCGUUCUUGUCGUGCAAUUGAAUCAAACUGUCGACACGCUUUUAUCUUUUGUCAACGAUACAAGCGAAAAAUAUGUCAAGUUCUUAUACAAUCAAGAAAAUAUCCUUUUAAAGAAUGCAAACAUCUCAAAUAAUCCAUUAAACGCGGUCAGUCAGUUAUUUCCAAAAGACUUUCCAUCAAAUACAGCCGUGGAUAGUCCUGAUGUAAUUGCUUCGACACCCAGAGCAUCCGUGACAUCGAAUGCCGUUUAUGUUCCAAGUCGAUCAAAAGGACUUUCGGAAACCGUAUCUAUAUCAACGCCGAGGGAACAGAAGAAUAUCAAAAGUGAGGCAAACGAUGAUUCGUCAAAACCGAAAUCGAGUCAACGAAUGGAAGAGGAGAAAGUUGGUGCAAACGAAAAAGGCGUGAAGAAGUCUAACGAUGCAAGCAGGAAGGAUGCUCAAACUGUUGCUAAAGGGUCGAAAUCGAAGGAUGGUGGUUCAGGUAGUAAAGAGAUUCACACAUCGAAAGAUUUUUCCUUUGGGAAUGAUAUACCAAAAUCAAGAUUAAAGGAUAGCUCAGAUGGCAAGGAUGAACCUAAGUCAAAAGAUUCUUCAAAGAUUAACGACGGUUUUGGAUUAAGAUCAAGGGGUAGCUCAGGUGGCGAAGAUGAACCCAAAUCAAAAGGUUCUUCAAAGAUGAAUUAUAAUCCUAAAUCAAGAUCAAAGGAUAGCUCAGGUGGGGAAGAUAAAUCCAAAUCAAAAGGUUCUUCAAAGAUUAAAGAUAAUCUUAAAUCAAGAUCAAAGGAUAGCUCAGGUGGCGAAGAUAAACCCAAAUCAAAAUGUUCUUCAAAGAUUAAAGAUAAUCUUAAAUCAAGAUCAAAGGAUAGCUCAGGUGGCGAAGAUAAACCCAAAUCAAAAUGUUCUUCAAAGAUUAAUGAUAAUCCUAAAUCAAGAUCAAAGGAUAGCUCAGGUGGUGAAGAUAAACCCAAAACAAAAAGUUCUUCAAAGAUUGAUGAUAAUCCUAAAUCAAGAUCAAAGGAUAGCUUAGGUGGAAAAGAUGAACCUAAAUCAAAAGAUUCCUCAAAGAUAAAUGAUAAUCCUAAAUCAAGAUCAAAGGACAGUUCAGGUGGCAAAGUUGAACCCAAAUCAAAAGAUUCCUCAAAGAUAAAUGAUAAUCCUGAAUCAAACAACUCAAUUUUUAAAGAUAAUAAUGAAGGAAGCAAAGACGAAAAGAGGAAGGAGAUUUUAAAAUGCAGUGAUAAAGUAACUGAAAAAACGUCCAAUGAAGUGCGUGACACUAUUCAGAAAGAUAAUUCAGCUGUUGAUUCAUCAAAGAAUACAGAUAACUUUUCAGUUAACACGAGUCAAGAUGAACCUCGAUUGAUCGAAGAGACUCAAACAUUGAGUCAAGAUGAAGAUCCUUUGAGUGUGUUGGCAAAACGAGGUCGUGUUUCUUCAUCGGUGUCAAAAAAUGACGUUGGGAAAAUGGCCGUGGAUGAAAAUCAGAAAAAACAGAGCAGCUCUGAACCUUAUUUAAGGAGUGGCAAAAAUAAGAGAAAAACUAAAGAAACGAAACUAAACGAUGGAGAUGAAAGUGAUGUGGUAAAAAGGAAAAGAUCUCGCUCAGCGAAAGAGAGAAUUCCAUCGGUAAAGACGCGAGAGAUUCGCACUCGAGCUUCUGCAAGGAAACAAGGAACUGUUGGUAACUCUACUUCCGAGUCAGAUGCCGUUGCACUAAGCAGGAAAUCUACAGUAAAGUCAGGACGUAUAAAAACUAAAAAAUCAACUGAUGUGUAUGUAGAAGAUGAUAUAGAUAAAAAGAACAAGCUUGGCAGUGGUUACAGAACUGAAGAUUGGAUGAAGGGUUACUCCGAUGCGGAUAGAAUUUCGGCGAAACGGAAAGCAAUAGAAGCCAACGCAAAUGCUUCAGAAACUCGUUUGAAGCUUAUCGAAAAGGUUUACAGAAUUGACGUUGCAUCUGAUUCGAAGCGAAAGCAAAGGUUGUUAGGUCCUCAUUCUCCACAAGCGGUCAGUUCUCCGUUACCCCGAAGACCUGCCUUGAAAUCGUAUUUGUCGAAUCAACGGCGAAAAGUGACAACGAAGGGUAUUCGACGUGGCAAACAGGAUACGUCACUUUCAUAUAUGAAAUAUGACGACGGUCCGACGUUCUCGGACGUUGCGCUCGAAAUUCAGAAACGAAACGAUAAAGAAAAUACUAGAAGGCAUCACUCAGAAGGCGAAAAAGAUAACAGACGAACACGAUCAUCAAAUGUUCAUAUUAAAGAACUGUUCGGACGUGUUAAUGAAGAAAAGGGAAAUGCUCCUGAUGAAAGUGGAAGAAAGGAAAAUUUUCCUGAUGAAAGUGGAAGAAAGAAAAAUGUUCCUGAUGAAAAUGGAAGAAAGGAAGGUGUUGAUGAAGGACGUCGAAAAAAUGAGAACGAAGAAGAUGAUGAACAAGAGCAGUGUGAAAGAUUGCAGGAUGAACUGGAAAAUGUUCAAGAAGAAUCCUUUGACUUCGAAGCUUUGUCGAAUGUCGUUAAGAAAAAUCAACUUUUUAAAGAAAAAGAAAAUGAAAACAAGAAUAUAUCUGAGGAUGAACAGGAUGGAAGUGAAGUCUCUGAAAGACAUCGUGAACAAGACAAAGAUAAACGAAUCAAAAAAGGUAAAGACGUUCACAGGAAGAUGAAUGAGGACAGUGUUGACUUGAAAAAAUGCCAAAAGCGUCUUUUACGCAAUCGUUCUAACGAGGAAAUAGGACGAACUCCCUCUCGAGAUGAAGACACUUUAGGAAAAAAUCGUGAUGAUGAAGAACUGGAUUUAUCACAAGGUAUCGAUUUUGUAUUUCGUAACGACGAAGAUGGCGAUGAAGAAGAAAAAAGGUCUGCAGCAAAAAGGACGAACAGAAAGGAUGACACACCUCCUGUGGGAGAUAUUUCAUUAAGAAAAAGAAGUUAUUUCCCGAAGGUGGCAGGUGCUGUGUCAACCGUGAAGAAUACGAAGAUUUCUGAUGGCACCCCAACGUCAAGAAUGAAUUCAAAACAAAAUACUUCAGCACAAAUUAGAUCUUCUCAUGAAAAUGACGCGGACGAUAACAGGCUGCAUGGAAUGCCGUCGAAAUUUCGAAAUGUUGACUUGCACGAAGAAGAAAGUUAUUGUUCCGACUCCAACUCCAUUGUAGAUGCUUUUAGGGAGAAUUUCAAGAGGAUUUGUCAAGAUGAUUGUAUAGAGGUGUCGCUGAACAAGCUCAGCAAAGAUAGCUUUUCAUUUGUGAAAACUCCACAUGGCAAUUUGUCUCGAUCUACUGAUUCAGGAUUUUUUGGUACAGUUGAUGGUUCGUCAAGUAAGAAAAGUAGUUCAAGACAAGGGAAAACUCCAGUUUUACCGGCAAAGUAUCGUAGGCACGAUGAAACUCGUACCAGCAAAGAAAUGUCUUCUCGUUUCGCACAUCUAAUGCUUGACACGGAGCACAAAUCAUUUCAAGACGAACAAACUUCCAAGAUUCAGAACGAUGAAAAGAAGUCGUAUGGAGAAAAGCAAAAAGCGCAAUGUGAACAGAAAGGCAGAAAGAGAAAACAACUCAAUAGUAAUGACGAUAUGGGUUCGUCCGGUGAAACUCCUAGAUCUAAAGAUUUAUUUGAAAAUGCUGGCGAUCAUGAGUCAUCGAGUAUACUUCCAAGAAAAUUAUUUCAUUCUGAAAAACAUCGCGAAGUAAAGAAAAGACGAAGAGUUUUGAACGAACGCCAAAAUGAUGGCAAAUGUUUAUACGAUCAUGAUGAUGAUGAUGAUGAUGAUAAUGAUGAUGAUGAUCAUCUUGGGUGAGAAAUGCAGACGUCAUUUGCGAGUUUAGGAAUGGAAGUGCAAAAGGCGGUUAAGCAACGUCAAAACUACGUCACUCAGAUGACGAACGUGGCUAUGAAACAUAUCACUGACAGAAGUCACGAACUGUGGCCAAACAAGCUUCAAAA